UUUCCAGUUAUCCGGAGUGAAAGUUGUGUCAGAAUUUUCAGACUGCUGGUUAGAUCGUCUAUAAAUCAUGUCCACUCCAGAUAUUUCCCCUUCCAGCAGUCCUGCAUCUACAAGUGGUACAUACCCUCCAAAAUUUGGGACAGUUAUCCCAAAUAGGAUAUUUGUAGGAGGAAUACCCCCAAACACCACUGAACAAGAUCUGAAACAGUAUUUCUCAAGCUUCGGGGCAGUUAAAGAUUCCAAAAUAAUAGCUGAUAGAGCAGGUGUAUCAAAGGGCUAUGGUUUCAUCACUUUUGAAACUCAGGAGGAUGCUGAGAAGAUAAUAAAGAAAGAGGGGGACAACCUCAUAUUUAAGGACAGAAAACUAAACAUUGGAACAGCUGUUAGGAAACAGCAAAGUUUUCCUCGAUAUGACCCCACUUUAAGUCCUGGUGUGAUGGUUGCUAAUGGGGUCCCUUACACUUACCAGAAUGGUAUGGCCAUAUUCCACUCACCGGAUGGUGGUUAUCCAGUUGCACAACCUCAGACAGCCCACUACGUGAUGCAAGCUGCAGGCCUACAGGGUGUUCCACAAAUGUAUCUCCCUCAGUCCCCAUAUCAAACUCAGACUGCUGGUACGGCCCCUCAGUGGCCCGUAGCCCCACAGACUGCAUCGACCCAGUGGAGAUGGGCCCCACAGAGUCCUCCAAUGGCCCAGAACCCAUACAUCUACCAACAGUUGCCAACUAUCCCCCAGGAGAUGGCAAUGCAGAUGGCGUAUGCACCACCCCAGCAAUACGGCCAUACCCCCCAGGAAAUGGAGGCUGCUAUGAUGGAGGCUACCCCACAAGAGGGCAGUAUGGAACGGUCUACCCCACAUCAUGUUAGUGUUAGCAUCACGGGGGAUAACAACAGAAAGCCACCACUGAUGCCCAACACUCCAAGCUCUGUAGUUGGUGUCAGUCUCCAGCAAGCCACUUCUACUUGCCGUCCUGUCACCUUCAUACAGGCCCCACUCAACCAUCAGCCAACCACCACUAUACUAACCAAACCUGUGCCCCGCUUUGUCACCAAGAAUGUCAAUGGUACCCUGAUCAAUGUGCUAGCUAAGCCUGGAGAAUGCACCCAGGCUCUAAUGUCCCCACAGAGUCCCGAGUCCUGCCUCCGCAAUGCUGGCAAUCCUCUCACGCCUCCACCCACCCCUGAAUGCUGCAUAAAUCGCCACUGAGCCAGCAUGUGUUUCUCUUUGUAGCCUAGUUCUAGUGUCGCGUAGUUCUAGUGUAGAGAUAUUAACUGUACUUAUAAUAAAACGUUAGAAAGCAUGGAUCUCCAAAGGGUGGUGGACAUAGACUAUUGGAUGCACUCACUGUAAAACACUAUUUAAUAAUUAAAAGUUGAAGUCAAACGUGUGUACUUUCCAGUUGAAUUUGCUGAGGCGUUUGUAACUUUUGUAUACAUUUUGUUCUUAUAGUUGUUUAUGAAUAUCUGAUAUAUAUAUCUUGGUAAAAUGUAGUUGACUUUCGAUACUAUUUAUUAUUUGUACGCCUAAUAUAUUGUUAAAAGCAUAAAUUAAUGACAAAUAUUUAUGGAAAGUAAGAAAGGAUAGAGGGAGUUAGUGGUAGCUUUCUAAAGACACUGCAGAAUCUGAAGCCUGAAAGGCACUGUACAAAAUAACUAAAAACCAUAAAAAUAUGAAAAAGCCAAAAAAACAAAGACAAUGUAAGUGUAUAUAGUGCCAAGGUCCUUCUAGGCAAUUUAUUACGGGUGAUCUUUUAACAACGUAAUAUUUUAGUGUCUGCAAUGGCCAGAGAGUAUGAAAAAACGGUAGAUUUUAACAACUACAAAGCAUGGAGAGAAAUAGCAUCCUGUGAUAUUCUACCAAUAAUUCUGCUGAAUUUUAAACUGACUAGGAGGACCUGUAAAACCCCUGCCACAGCUGAAUAUUUAAUCCAACCAGAACGUAUGUCUCGUCUGUAUAUUUUAUAUAAAAAUUGAUGUGGCAGGGGUUAUUGAGAUAAACUACUGAUCAAAGUGCGACUGCUAAAUAAAAACUGCUGAGUAUGUAGUUAACCAUGUAAACAUACAACUCCAUCUACAAUUGUAGAAAUAUGAAACUAAAAUGUACAUCUUUAUUUGUAGGUGUAAAACCACUUUGGAAUGCCAAUUUUUAUUGUAAAUGAAUUAAACCAAUUGUCUGUUGAACUUUGACUUGUUAAAGGUGCUCUGUUAACGUAUACAAUAUUUUUGUUAUCGGUUGAUGAUACAUUGUUGAAAAUACAUUAGUAUCUGUUGUUAUGUUGCCAAAAUAUUCAAAUAAUGUCAAUCAUUGUUGUUAAAAACUUGUCAGUGUUAAUGCGUGGUGCUUCAAUCAUAAAUAUGCAAUCAAAUUUGUUUGUUAAAUUAUCAAUUUUGUUAGUCUCAAAUAUUUUGAUACAGUAUUAGGUUAAAUUGAAACUGCAAUAAUGUAAAGGAUGCCAAUGGUUACAAGUGCCUUAAAAAGGGAGGUUUAAUAGAAGUCGCACUCAAGGUGUAUUAUAUUUUCAUAUAUAUAUCUGUACAUACAUAGCAUGUAAGGUAUAUUCAGCCAUAAUCAGUAAAGUAAAUGUGCUUGUCUUGUCCAAAAUGUUCACAUUACAUGGCAUAAGAUAUAGUCCCACCUCACAUAUCUAUCUAACAUUUUAACCCCUAAAAACAGCUAACUAGGUGUGUUAAGCUCUCAACAAGUUAUCUAAUGAAAACGUUGCAAUUUUUUGUGAGAACUCAUCUGUUCAAAGCCUCAUGUUUUAUGCCAUGUAGUUGAGAAUGUACUUUAGUAGACCAGCAGCUUAUAUUUUGUUGUAUGUAAUUCUACAUGUUGAUCAUUAUAUGUAAAAUAUUUUGUACAUAGAGAAUACUUUAUGAAAGAAUCACUGUGGAUGUAUUUGUUCUGGUUGCCAUGGUGUUCCUUUCUGGUGCAGUUUUGAACAGAAGUCUGUUACUAUAGUUUGUAUACCCAUUGAGCAACAUGGGAAUGGAAGAGAAUGCCUCAAGGUUACAGCCAAGCAAACAUAUCCACAUAUUGUAGUUGAAGAAUGAAGCAAUAUGGGUAGUCAUAUCUUAAGUCUAUCAUAUUAAGAAAAAAAGAUGGGCAUCAUUGAUUGCGAUGCCAUCUAUGUAUAAAAUUGCAAGUUAUAAGACUCUUUGAUCAGGUAGCAUAUAAAAUAUUUCUGUGAUAUGACUUUUCAGUUUGCUCUAUCGGCUACAACAUGAAACCUCUAAUAUAUAAUAAUGAUCGGUAAUUGAGAAGUAAUUUAUAUUAAGUAAUUUAAUUAUCUUCAUUUAUACAUUAUCCUAUCUAUAUACAAAUCAAAUUUUUACUGUUUAGGUUCAGAUCUUUUAGCAUAUGUUUGUAAUUUUGUUCACUGGACAUUGUUCCACAAUUAUAUUAUUAUUUCACUAUGAUCUAUUUUAGCUGAUUGUCAUUAACUUAAUUUUUGUAUAAUUUCAUAAUAGAAUUAAACUUUUAAGAAAUGGUAGUUUUAGAGCUGGGUAUUGUAUUGAAGAUCUUCCAAGUGAAUUGUGACAAAUGAAGUGCCACAACUUGGUAGACCUUAAUAACUUAUCGACCAGUCUCUGUAGUACAUUUUAAAGAAGCAGUGUGAACAAUGUCUGUCUGUCGUCUGUAUUUGUCUGUAAAAAUCAAAAGAAACAUUAGUUAAGGAUCUGUGUAUAGUUAAGGUAUGUAUUGUCCUGUCAAGCUCGGAUAAACAUAAAUAAAUCUAUGUCUAACUGUA